AUGUAUGAAGGAGAUCGGCGUUUGGACGGACGGGUAGUACUCAUUACAGGAGCCAACACUGGGAUCGGCAAAGAGACAGCACUUCAGCUAUCGUUAAGAGGCGCUAAAGUAAUAAUGUGCUGUCGAUCAAUGGAUAGGGGAGAGGAGGCGCUGAACGAUAUUAAAGCACAGAACCCAUCGGCAGAUCUGACACUAUUUAAACUGGAUUUGGCGUCACUUAAGUCCGUCCGACAGUUCGCCCAAACCGUUGGACAACAGGUGCCGAAAGUGGAUAUACUUAUCAAUAACGCCGGAGUGGCCGUCACUCCCGAGUGGAAAACUACCGAUGGCUUUGAAAUGCAGUUUGGCACCAAUCAUCUA